GUAACAGACGCGAAAUGAUCUUCGCAAUGGCAACGCGUUGUCGGUCCACCAAGAGCCUGCACCUGCGCCUGAAUCGGUGGCUCUGCCUUGCCGCGCUAAUGCUAAUUUUCAUCAUGCAGCUGUCCCGUUGUGAAGCACAGUCGCAGCCCCGCAUGAGCCGUCGACCGGCUGGAAAGACCAAUGUGGAGGAGACCAGCGAGAGAGGAUCCGUGCCGGAUCAGCUGGCGCUGGCCGCAAGUCGCUCUGAUGGACAUGGGCGCAACUAUCCGCGACGGGGCGGUGCAUUACAGGCAAGGACCAAGGAGGCGACUCCAGACUAUAGCUACGGGCAGCUGGAGCUGAAUCUAAUAAGGCCCGAGCACGAGACGUCUUCAUUGUCGCCGCACGGCAAGAUCAGUGCUUACUACGGCGGCGGCAUGAGCACAACAGCCGAAUCCGUUGGAGCUGCUGUUGGUGAUCUGAGUCACGAGAAGACUGUCAUACUGGAGGACUCGGAGACAGCGGAAGAGUACGUGUCCAACGCUAUGAAAAUGGCCUAUAGCACACGGCACAAGGAGUCACAGGCGCCGCUGCGCAUUGUGGCCAACACACAGCGGCCCUUCAUUCCCAACUCCAGUUCCAGCUCCAGUUCCGAGCAGCAGGCACAUGCGCAAGUCCAGCAACAGCAGCAGCAUCAUCAUCAUCAGCAGCAGCAGCAGCAGCAGCAGCAGCUGGAGCUGGAGCAGGCUAAGCAUGCCAAGGCGCAGGCGCAGGCACAGGCAGCGCUGCUGGAGGCACAAAUGCAGGCAGAGUUGCAGGCCCAGCUUGUGCAGCAGCAGGCGCUGCUCCUGGCCGAGCAGCAGCGACAGCAGCAGCAACAAGAACAAAAGCAACAUCAGCAGCAUCAGCAGCAACAGCAGCAGCAGCAUCAGCAUCAGCAGCAGCAGCAUCAGCAGCAGCAGCAUCAGCAGCAGCAGCAUCAGCAGCAGCAUCAGCAGCAGCAGCAGCACUCAGUUGAGUCCACAUCCAGUGAAUCGUCCCUGCCCGCUCCAGCGCCCGUCUAUGAGAAGGAGUCGGUGCCGCGCAGCUAUGAGCUGUAUGACACGCCCGCCCAGACCGAGCCCGUUGGCGGCGACAUUGAACGUCUCUAUCGCACGAAAUACUAUAGCUAUCCGGCAUCGCAGUCGCAGCCACAAUUGUAUCGCAACAUCGAGGACGAGGCGGAGGAGAAGGUGCGCGUCUCUGCAUCGACGGAAAUACCCAAGGCAGAAAUAAUGAAACAAAUCGAAAAGUCUGUCAUCAAGUAUAUGAAGGAGCUGGAAGCCGAGGGCAAGAUAAUUACCACCCCACAGGAGCUGGCGCCACCAGCCACCAAAACCUACUACAAGCUGCUGUCGCUGCCCAGUUCCGGCGGUGCCGGUGGCUCAGUUUCUAGCGAGGAGAAACGCUAUAGCAGCAGCACGGUGCGUCCCAAAUACAGCAGUCCGCCGGCAGCUGGCCAGGGGCGUCAGCCCGGCCCGUCCAUUCAGCAGCAUGGCCAAUACCAUGGACAGCAUCAUCAGCUGAGCAAGCAGAAUUCGCAUGCGCUGACCAAGCCGCAACGAUACCAAUCCGAAACGGAAACCGCAUACCAGGCACCGGACAUUUCCGCAGACGCACUGGCACCCAAUGUGGAGUUCAUCUAUAAGAUUAAGACGCGUGCGCCGCUCCAAACGGCCACUGUGAAGACCGUAUCGAAGCCAUAUACCUUGCCGCUGAAGACGAGCGCCGAGCACUUUGAUCAUGGCGCUGCCCUGAAGAACAUCGAGGAGUUCGACUUGUCCCAUGUGGUAACGACGGCGGAGCGCGAACAGGAGGAGCAGCGGGUGACGAGCAAGCCGCAAAAGCUGUAUUUCAACUCAGAUAUCUAUCAUGACAUUAACUCAUUGCCCUACAAGGCGGAGAAGCUGCGCGGCGCCAGCGGCAGUGCCAGCAACAUCCAUUCGGUGCAGGGUCAGGAGUACAGGCACAAGCUAAAGGCAGCCGCCGAUCUGCAUCCGGACUAUAAAGGCUAUUCCGGCUAUUUUGCGGAGCCGGCGUCUAGCAGCAUGGAGCUGGCCGAGAAGCAGCAGCCGAGCGGCAUUGGCAAUGAUGGCAGUGAGGAGGGCUAUCCGCUGCCUUAUCAAUAUGUCCUGAAGAAGGAGCCGCUAUCCGCUAAGUACGAGGAGGAGCGUGAAAGCUGGGAGCAGUCGAUGCGCCUGGCACAUGCCAAGCCCGCUGGCGGUGGCUACAAGACUGCUGCAUCCACCAGCCUGGAAUACGACAGCUACAGUCCCAAGUUUAACAACAAUCCCGAAGGCUAUGGCUAUCAGCACACCUACAAGACGCAGCUGCUCCGAGGCGCUGGCGGCGGCGGCGGUGGCGGCGGCAACGGUCCCAACUCUGGCAACAGCGCCGGUGGCAAGCGCGGCAAGCGAGGCGGUGCUCCGCAUCCUGCCGCUGGUGGUGCGCCCGGCAAGAAGCUGUUGCGCAGCAACGUCGGUCCUUCAGGCCUCGGUGGCGCAGCUGGCGUUGGCGGCAAGCUGGCCAAGGAUCUGGAGGCCAACCUGGCACUGCGACCACCGCCCAAGAAAUAGUCUGUUAUAUAGCUUAUUAUAUGAAAAAUUUUGUUAAUACCAGAA